UUCUUCAGCUUUGUCCUCGUCUUUUCACCUUUUCUUAUUAUUUCUCUAAUUAUUCCUUUAAUCUCUCUUCUCUUCUCUUUUCCCCUUCAUUCACAUUCACAUUCACAAUGGUGACUCCCAAACCUAAUCCACCACGUCUUCAGGAGCCAUAUAUUGGUAACAAAGACAAUCCACGUUUUGAUUUUCCGGUAGAGGGCCAUGAUUUUGCUUCUAGCACCGGUUCCCAAGAAAGUAUAAAUGGCCAGAAUGCUUUUCAGUUUACAUCAGAUUAUGGUGACGUCAAUAUUAGAAAUAGAAAACCGAAUUUAAAAACUAUCAACAAAGAUACAGAACCCCAAAUGGACGAUCCAGGCUUGGAUAUUAUUUUUGAACCCUUUGAAAGAUCAUCAUCUGGAAGGUGGUUAAAGGGUGGCAAGACAUCACCCUUCGCUUUUCGAACUAUUUUUUCGAAUUUGAACCUUGAUUUGGAAGAUCUUGAUAAUAGAACAAAGAAACGUGAGCCUGGAACCUUUCACGAAUAUCAGACUCUUGCCAACCCAGUUAAGGCCUGGAUUGAAAAGUCUUUUAGUGUGAAGAAAAGGAAAGAGGACUUCUCUGGCAUCUCACUUCCUCAGUCAGCAGCUUCAUUUUACUAUGGGUGGUCGCCAGUGAUGGAAGUUUCUGAAUCAUGUGAAAGCACAGAACAGCUCAAUGUUUAUCUGAAAUCCAAAAGGGAAGAUGUUAAUGCUGGGGUCCCUGGAAGAUUUCUGCAUGUUGUGAUAGGAAAAGAUGUUUCAGAUAUUGGGUCAGUUGUGUCUACCAUCAUGUAUGCUUUCUACUUGAAUGAGACACAAAAAUAUGAUGAGUUUUGCACUGUACCUGUUAUCAACAUGAAGAGAACGGAUCUAAAUUCUCAUUCUGAACUUAAAUGGCUGCUCGAUUCCUGUCAGAUUGAUACGUCAUCUUUGAUUUUUGUAGAUGAGAUCGACCUAUCAUAUUAUGAAUUAUUUGGAAGUCUUAAGGUAGUUCUACUAAACAGCUCCAAACUUCCUGCUAAACAAGAGCAGGCGCUAAAAGAGGCUGUUGUUGAAAUCUUUAACUGUAAUAAGGAUGAAUCUAUAUAUCCUUGGGUCGAGAAUAUUACAAUCCAACAGGGCUGUUCAUGCUGCACUCUAAUUGCCGAGAAGUUUGCUCAAAUUUCACCCGAGAUUCUGGCUGGGAAAGGAUUCAGUAGACUUUUGCUAGCUGGAAUUCUAUUAGAUUCAGGAAACCUAACUAGCCCAAAUUGUACGUCCAAAGAUAAGUACAUGGCUACUUUGUUGAUCAAUGGUGCUGGUCGAUUUGGAUGCAAUGGUUUUUAUCAGUUAUUGAAAUUCAAGAUGUACAAUGUGUCCAACCAUGGGGUAAUUGAUCUAGUACUCAAGGAUUUCAAGAAGUGGACAAAAGGAUCUUUGGAAAAUUCUGGAAAGAGAUUGACGAAGCUAGAUCUUGGGAUGAGUUCCAUUGGAAUAUCAAUUGCUCAAUUUCUUUCACUGGAAGUUAACUCAACUCAAGACAUAAAAAACUUUCUGCGUGUGGAGAAACUGCAGCUACUUGUGAUUGUUUCUGGAUACUAUGAUGCACGAAAAAACUUCAAGAGGGAAAUCCUAGCCGUUGCUGAUUCUUUGGAGCUUAUGCAGAAGCUGCUUGUAUUUUUAAAUACUGAUACCUCCCAAUCACAACUACCCCUGAAAGUUCUUCACCAAACAGGUCUCACAGAUGAAAUUAGAGCUUUUGAGAUUAAUAAGAUUGCAUCAAGGAGGACUAUCGAACGUAUAUUGGAAGAAUUUUGUCAGAUAUACUAAAUCUGAGAGGCACAGACGCACAAAGCUAGAUGUUUAUCAAUUUCCUUUUCUAAGUGUAAUUAAAUUCAUAAAUUUGACAGUAGACUUUGAUUGUUGAUCUAAUAAGUGGAGUUGGUAUAUAAAAGACCAAUAGUAAUAGUGAAGUUUAAAUGA